UGUCCUCACGGAUACUAGUCAGAUUCGUUUCCUCUGAGCCACGACAGGAACUCCUAGAGUACUUUUUUCUUUCUCUCUUAGCCCAGUUUCCACGUACCUAAACUGCUGUCAGUGAUUCUGCAGGUAAACCAUUCUUCCGUGAUGAGUAGCCUACCCAGCGCCUAAUGACAUGAAGCUCCUCUCUCUUGAUUGGUUAUCUCUCUGAGGAGUUUCCAAUCCCGAGGAAGCCAGAAAGAUGUCUCUGCUCUUAAUGAAUAUUUUUGUCUGUGUUGUGUGUGGGCAAGCCCCAUUCGGAAGAGGCUGAUGAUUUAUACAACCUCAUUUUCUUUUUCCCCCUCCAGAAUGGGUUCUAGCUGGGUUCCCUGGGUGGUGGCUUUGUUAGUGACGGUAAUCAGGCUGGACUCCUCCAUGACUCAAGGCAGAGAUUCUCCAGAUUUUGUGAUUCAGGCAAAGGCUGACUGUUACUUCACCAAUGGGACACAAAGGGUGCAGUUUGUGGUCAGAUUCAUCUUUAACUUGGAGGAGUUCGUACGUUUUGACAGCGACCUGGGGAAGUUUGUGGCCUUGACAGAGUUGGGGCAGCCUGAUGCUGAGCUGUGGAACAGUCGACCAGAUAUCCUGGAGAGCAGCAGAGCAUCUGUGGAUGUGCUCUGCAGACGUAACUACUGGCUGGGUGCGCCCCUCACCGUGGAGAGAAAAGUGCAACCGGAGGUGACAGUGCAUCCGGAGAGGACCCCGUCCCUGCAGCUCCGCAACCUGCUGCUUUGCUCUGUGACAGGGUUCUACCCAGGGGCCAUCGAGAUCAGGUGGUUCCGGAACGGGCAGGAGCAGAGAGAGGGGGUCCUGGCCACUGGCCUCAUCAGGAAUGGAGACUGGACCUUUCAGACAGUGGUGAUGCUGGAAAUGACUCCUGAGCUUGGGGACGUCUAUACCUGCCUUGUUGAUCAUCCCAGCCUGCUGAGCCCCGUUUCUGUGGAGUGGAGAGCUCAGUCUGACUGUUCUUGGACAAAGCUGCUGAUUGGAGUUGCAGCCUUCCUGGGGGGGCUAACCUUCCUCCUGGUGGGGAUCAUCAUCCACGUCAGGGCCCGCAAAGGACGUGUGGAGACUCAGCUGUCCGGUGAUGAGCCACACUAAGGUCCUAGGUGAAGCGUCUCCCCCUGGAGCCUGAAGUGGAACUGAGUGGCCUGGGCCCUGGACAAAGUCAAGGACGUUCAGGAGGUCGAUGUUCUGGAUGAUUCCUUUCCAUGAGCCCUUGGAGGCGUCCUGAACUGAUUCUAGUUUUGUGUUCUGUGAUCAUUCAUCUCUUACCCUUCUGCCUUUCUUCCUCCUACUUGUCUUUAUUAGUCCCUGUUUCUAAGAACAGGGUCCCUAAAUCCCCUUAAGACUCAGCUCCUCCCAGUCCCAACCCCUUUACUUUUCUCUGGUGCAGCCCUAACCCAGAAAUCACUAUUUUCAUCUUCUCUCUUGCAACGGCAGCCCCACAGUCCUAAGAGGAUGCAUAUUCAGUCACUGUUCCCUUUUCAUUGUUUUUUAGGUCUUUUUCCUUCAAAAUAAAACUGUGAUACAUAUAAUCCCAUCAAAUGUAUAAUUCAAUAAAUUAUUUAAGGCAGAACCCUGUAAUUGACACUCAGUUCAAGCAAGAAAACUUUUUUUGGAGUUCCCCGGUGGCUUAGCCAGUUCAGGAUCCUGCAUUGUCACUGCUGUGGCCCUGGUUACUGCUGUAGUGCAGAUUGGACCCCUGGCAGGGAACUUCUGCGUGCCAUGGGUGCAGCCCCAAAAAAAUGAAAAGAAAAGAAAUAGAACUUUUCAAUCGACUGCAAGGACUUCCUGUGCUGCAGACCAAUCAAAACUUCCGCACUCCCCUCAAAAUCAGUCAUAUGCUGUUAUACCGAUCACUUUUUUUUUGGUAUUUCUUUAUAGUCUAUUCCCUCAAGUAUGAAUUAUUUGACCCUAAAGCUUAGCUGUCUUUUACGUUUAUUUUACUUUACAGGUUUCUCCUCCCUAACUUUUUGUUCCUUAUGAUUAAUAUGUUGACAUUCCUGAGACAUUUAAGAUGUACAGUUCUCCACAGUCUGGAUUUUGUUGACUGAUUUUGUUGACAGAUGUCUGGUGCAAUUUGCUGGUGAAAUUUAAAAAAAAAUAAAUUUUGUUGGAGUAUAGGUGA